CUAAGGAUUGACUUGUACGGAUGCCAUAAACUGCUUGCGAAAAUGAGCUGGCUGAUUCCUUCACGGAAGAGUUAUCUGCCUGAUCAUUGGGAUGAAGAAGUGGAUAGAAUAUGGAAACCCUCCAAGGUACCUAAUCCACAUAUAAAGGACCAUGGAAGCGCAAGAAAAUUAAGAAUCCCAAUUAUACAGGGAAAUGGAAGACUCCUUGGAUUGAUAAUCCAUGAUGAUAUCAUUCUUGGAGUGGAUACAAGAAUCAUUGAAGGACCCAUAAUCACUGAAAAGAACUGUCUUGGUGUUUGCCUUCUUUCAACAAGGUUAGUUCACAACUACAACUGCACUCACCCUCAUGAAGAAUCACCUUUUCAAGUGAAGUUUCAUUUGUUGCAAACCAAGAAAUGAAAGUUGCAUUUGAGUUGAUGUUACUGGAUCACGUCAUCUGCAUACUGGAGAUUCUAAGGUACAAAAUUGGAUACACCGAUAUAAGAAGAGCAUUGGCAUUAUAUUUCCAGGAAAAAGGAUUCCAAGCUUGUUCAGUCAUUGCAAGGAGCUAGUGAUAGUAACUUGUGUGAACUAGAGUUGUGGUCAACCCAGAAAUGGAGAAGAUUGAAAUUUGAAUUAAAAUCAAGGAUAGAUGGAGCCUCUUCUCGCUUCAGCAUUUAAGAUUUGAUUUGAAAAAAUCAAAUCAUAUAUGGCUGGGACGCUCUCCGUCGCCUCAGAGUAACCAGGAUAA